AACAGAGAGAACAGAGUCGACUCCGACACAACAUGAAACCAGAACUUCCUGGGUUUUAUUACGACGAGGAGAAGAACAGAUAUUUCCCCAUUAAAGGUCCUAUACCUGGUGCAAAGUCUUCUUCUUCUUCAAGAACGAAACAAAAACCAGACCCAAAGCCUGAACAGGAAAUUAAUUAUCAGAAGAGGACUAAACUAAAAGCAUUGAAGCUAGUUUAUUCCCGAGAGUUAAAUGGCAAUGUUAUUCCUGUCAAUAAGAAGAUGUCUAACUUCAAGGACGAGAUUCAAAAGACACAAGCUUCUUAUCCUGUGGUGUGGAGAUACGGUUCCACAGAACACAUUGGCGAAACUGCUUUGAAACAGUUUCAGGUUGAUGUACAAACAUCUGUAGGCUUGACCAGAAAGAACAUCCUAGUAGCAGGCAGUGCUGGUGGUUGUUUGAGCAUUCUAAGAGUUUCCAAAGAUAGACAAGUAUACGAUGGUGUAAUCGAGUGUGAUCCAGUUUCUGUUCUUCCUCGCAAAGAAAACAAUACAGAAGAACGGGAAGCACCUGAGUAUAUAUGGAAACCUCCGCAACCUUGUCUGGUCGCCUUAUCUACUAUAUCUUCUAUUGAGUUAAUUGGAAGAUCUGAUGCAUCUGAAAACUCCCACCCCGUAAACCGGGCAUUGAUAACUACACUGGGAUCAACUGGCCGUGGGUCGAUUUUUAUCUUAAAUGUUGCUGAGGAAGUGAACAUACUUACUACGCGAAGCCUCCAAGGGAAUGUUUCCUCUGAAUGUACCAUUUGGACAGCUGAUUGCAAUAUAAGUGGGAGUCAUGCAGCUAUUGGUACCGACUUAGGAGCUGCUUUGGUUGAUUUGGAAACAGGAAAAGGUUCAUACUUUCUCCGAAGCAAAAGCGAUGUUUUUGCUCUACAAUUUCAUCAAUCGGGAAACAUUGUUCAUUGCGGACUCAGAAAUGGAGCCAUUGUGUCAGCUGAUCUACGUGAGAGACCAGGGAGACCUUUUCCAAGGCUCACUAGACACCAGAUACGAUAUCAAUCAUCGAGUAAAACUGGUCAAACUACUACAAAUAAACAAUGGUUUGAGCUCCAAGGAAACAUAAACCCGUCUCAUGUAAUCUAUAUGCCGUCAUCUCUUACAUGCUUGAAGACACUAAAAACUUCGGAUCAGUACUUAAUGGCAAGCUCCAUGGAUGGAACAAUCAAGCUAUACGAUCAACGCAUGGUUAAAAGAGGGGUCGGUGUACAGACAUAUGAAGGACAUGUAAAUUCUCAUACUCGCAUUGAAUUUGGCAUUGACCCGUCAGAACAAUUUCUUUUGUCAGGAGGAGAUGACUGCUAUACUCGCAUUUGGAGUAUCAAAUCUGGUCAACUUAUGUCUGAAAAUAAAUUCUCCAACUCUGUCCCUUCAGUUGUGUGUUGGUCUACUGAUGAAAGACAAAGAGACCGGAAAGAUAGCAUUGGUCAUGGGGCAUGGCUUGGAUCUCGCGAAGCAAUAUUCAACUUGUUGUAAGAAAGAUUUAGGACAAUGGAAGCUAUUGCUAGAGAUCAUAUUCAAUAGAAUGCAGCAGAACCAUGAUUUUGAGGAUAGAAAGUUACUUUCUUUUAGCCUUGUAACAGUAAUAAUAGAAUCAGUUGUUUUGAAAUUGUAAAGAAGACAAAAUACUUCUGUUCAGUUUUGUUCUUCCUUCCAUCUUCAAUGCUAAUGAGUUUGGAAAAGGCUCUUCAAUCAAACGCUGGAUUUAGU